UGGCAGGUGCCACUGUCACAGGUUCCAAAGAUUAUCGAACUCAUACCCCUUAUUUCAUGAACUCCGCUGUUUUUGGGGAGAGCAGCUCUGGUCAUGAGCGGUAGGGCCCGACUGAGUGCCCCCGUAUAUUUGAGUUCCGAGCGAUGCCUGUGGAGCCUUACGUAUUUUUGCGUUGCAGUCACAGCUGGUUCCAUGUAAGAUAAUAUUGUUCGAGUUUCGUUAGAAGCUGCUCGCAUAUAUGGCAAGAACAAGCCCCUUCAAGCACUCCGUACCCUACUUAAGGAAAACCUUCAUUUUCAGGCCUCUUCAGGUCAUCCCCCUCUGUACUAUCGUCCUCGUGCAUCCGAAAGCUACCAUGGUCGACUGGCACUCCCAAGAGACGCUAGUCGCCAACGCUGAGGCAUUCAGCAAGUUUAUGCAUGUACUCUUUGGGCUCUACAUAUGGGAGUUCGUUAGUUCCCUGGAUUUUGACUGGCAGUUCAUCUCGGGCAAGAGGCGAUUCCGAUGGCCCUUGAUCUUCUACUUUUCUGGUCGCUAUAGUUUACUUUUCGCAUUAAUCGGAAUCUCUAUUGCGCUCAACGUGACAUCCGAGGUCAAUUGCCAAGCAUUGUAUACCUUCAAUCAGAUCUUUGGAAACACUGCAAUAGGCUUAGCCAGCAUUAAUCUGUCAUUGCGAACCAUGGCGGUAUGGUCGCAGAACAAAUAUGUAGUUACCGCCCUUAUUCUGAUCAUUCUGGGUCAUUGGUCAUUCCUCCUUCAUGGGAUUUUGUUGAAGGCUGCAUGGGUAGAUGGAGAAUGUGUCAUCAUCUACACCGACAACCAAAUUCUCGCCAUUACCUUCAUUUACUCCAUGGCGUUUGACUUCACAGUCUUGUGCUUAACUGGCUGGAAACUUGCGUUCCCGGCUAAUGGUCGUUCCAAACUUAUCAAGCUUAUAUUUGGAGACGGUCUAAUCUACUUUGCUAUUGCAUUUUUGGCAAACUUGAUGGCGACGAUCUUCAUGCUCAUAAACUUGAAUGCAGUCCUGUCGAUCAUUGCGAAUGUCCCUGCUGCCAUCGCAUCAACGAUUGUAGCAUGUCGCGUCGUACGAAGAUUAACCAACUUUACCUCUCAAGGCCCAGAGCUUUUCACUUCCACCCAGGGCUCAACACUCGCAUUCAGGAGUAACGCUAGCACAAAUCGUCGCAUUUCCGUCAAGAAAGGCGACAGUGUACACGUUCAGAUGGACACAUUCGCCAGUCCUGAUCGCUCGGUUGCUGAGUACGACGCCAGUGGCAAAAUCGUGAAAGACGACGAAUUCGACCCCGAGGCACAGAUCAUCAGCAACGAGUUCAAACGCCCGCCCUACUAGAAUGGCACCGUGUCGUCCCGUACGAUGAUCGCAUAUUCGUCCAACCCACCCCUCGUAUUCGCAUUAUUAAAACCAGAAAUACCAUUCAUCAUUGCACAUUGCGAUUGUUUCUCGUAAUAUUGCCUUCGUCUCCUAUUUUUCCAGCAAUCUUCCUGCCCGUCGUUCUUCGGACUCUUCAGCAUAUCCUUUCGGCGAUCGGCGGUGACUCAUUCCUCUCUAUCGUGUCUGGCGCGGUUUGCUCCGCCGCGCAUCGAGCCCGUUGCUGAAGUGUUCCUGCACUUCAAUAACGAUCCAAGCCACUCAUUGUGAAGCAAGAAUACAAUAAUAAUAGAAGUACCAGCAAGUGUACAAUCAACUUCUUUAGCGAAAAAUAUAACUUAAUACAGCUGGAACCUCUCUAUAUCCUG